CUGAACUCGAUGAAUACAGUCUCGCCAAUUGCGCAGUAUCAAUCGCAUCAGAAAGACAACACAGCAUCCGCCCAUGAUCAGCGCACUGCUUCCGUGCCCUUCAGCUACACAAUCCGCGACGAGAUGGCUGGUGGUAAUAGAGUUUUAAACUUCGAUCAGAUGAUGCUCGACAAGCAAUGUAAUGAUCUUAACGCUGGUGUGACACGAAGUAAAAGAACGAGUGUUAUUUCGCUUGGUUACCCCAAGCCUGGAACUCCUGUAAAACGGAACUGUACUCCUUACGGCAACGAGCUGCGUUGUGUUGAUGAAGAUGAUGUUGAUGACGACCUACGAAGAAAAAUACUGGGGGGGAACGAUAUUCGAUUCGCACUUUCCUGGAAGCUUGACAGGGAGUUCCCCGGUAGAAACUUCCCUACGCAUCUCUACGCUACCCUGCGCAGCCACUCUUUAAAUGAUUUUAAGCGAACAGGAAUAGAACUAACAUCAAAAACCAUACGAUGAUCUUUAACAUUGAUCACGCCGUCCCUCAUCUGACCCCUAUGAAUGUCAAUCAUGCCACUGAUGCAAUGCGAGUGGGACACUCUUGUACUCGCAACAUAUGUUUGUGGUGGCAGGGGGACAAUUAUCAAUUAUUGACUCUAGGUCAGACGUUGCCCAAGGGCGAACGCCUUUUGCCGCCUGAAAACGAUGAUGGCCGGAGUGCAGCGCGCGAGGGCCGUCGGGUUCGCAUGAUGGACGUGGAUGAUGUCGAGUAUUAUUUUUUGCUUACUCUAUUUCUCAUGAUGCAUGUCUUACAUCUUGAUCUUGAUGAUGUCUAGAUCGAUUUCUGAUCAUUUGUAGAAGUCAUUCAUCGCGCAAUCUCAAGAGCUAAAAUGUUAACUAUUACUUUCCAGGGAAAUUCCGACAUCGACUUGCAAGGAAAGCAAGAGUGUGCCUCUCACUGCCAAGAAUCUAUCUGGAAUUAGCCAGAACGAUAAGAAAAAACGCAUGCAGUCCACUAUCAAGGGAGGGCCGAAGUCCUGGGAGGCGACUUUCGACGGCACUGAUUUGGGAGACAUCUACGACGAAGUCAAGGAGGUACUAUGACCCUCACUCCACCACAAGGCAUUACAGCGAAGAAAUUAUGCUACUGCUAAGUGAUAGCCAUGGGAUCGAUUUUCUAGGCAAGAUCAAGAACUCACUUCAAGAAAUUUAAAGUUUCUCUUCCUCAACCCAAUUCCCCUGACUAGACCCGCAGUGAGCAAUUUCAGGCGAAACAUAUUGAAGUCCUUACUUUCAUCUGCGUCAGUAUUAUAGUGUCGCUGACUUACACCCGAUAAUAGCACUACCGUAUCAUCAACCAGGCACUUUGCCGAGAAGCAGAGAAGGACUUGCGCGUGGAACUUGGCGAGUUUUUAUUCGUUUUGUACGCGACUGGGCAGAGUAUCUCCGACUGGUUUGAGAUCGAGCAUGAAUCCUUGUUGACCCAAACUGAGUGCGUGGUUUCCUUUUUGACCCAUCUUGCACAAGGCUCCGAACUCUUGGAGACUCUCUGCACGAAAGUGGAUAUUCCGGGGAUCAAAGAAAAGCUAGGCCUUGACCUAGAAGAGGUGUGCGCCUUGGAGUCCAAGCAGCUCGAACUUCAAACUGCGAUGCGAAAAAACGGAACCUCAACUGGACUGGCUGGCCCUCUCCUCAGCUAUUUUACCCUUUGCAGUUCGCCGGACUUGGCUUUGGAUAAUUUAGAUUAUAACGCGGCCAGCGUGUUGGCGCAAAUCGACAAGCGCCUCACAGAGAUUCCUGACAUGCUGAAGCAGGUAAUACGACCUUCGAACUAGUAUGACCUUUCACCGUGUGCUCUCAGUCGUUUCUAUUCUCAUGAUAUAACUACAACCCUUUGAAUUCAUCAAAUUAGUCAUCUCUGGUCUACAUAGAUUUAUCGCGAUCGACUUUCUUCAUCUCUCUUAUCGAUUCUAUGAUCACGUCAUGCCCCCUACCAUCCGCAUCUACAAUCAGCUGUAUUCGAGCAUCGCAGACGAGUUCUUUCCAAAAGUGGGCAACCCUGGCAGUGAAGUCGACGUGACGCCUUUGAAAUUGGUGCAGUCCUGUAGCAGCUCCCCAACAACGACGUGCCCGCAAUGGGCAAAAUUGAUGGCCCAGAUGAUUAGCGCAAUUCAAGAGUCUUGCUCGGUGGCGCUUACCCUCCUUGAGGCUUUUCAAGGAGAGGACGAUCUUGAAGCUCUUGAGAAAAAGGUAACAACAUGGAGAGGACUACCAUUUGUAAACCAUACUACGCAGCGCCGUUUUCUCUUGCGUCUUUGUGAGCUAUUAUAGCAAAAAGGUGCUGCACUAAGAAACAUCCCUUUUCUUGUUUAUCUCACUGUCUGACACGUACAUUCGGGAAUCGUUUGAUUGAUUACGUUUGCUCUUCCGAGUCGUCAAAUCAUAAUCAACUCUGACACGGAUGGUCUUUUUCUUACAGAUUUAUAGGCCCAUCUCUUAUGGACAUGCAUGAUAUUGAGAAUUUAAUUUCUAUUUUCGGAAACUACAAAAUCCUUUUGCCCAAUGAAUCACAAACAGAAGCUCGCAGGUAAGAUAAGUGAACUCAGAUCAUACCACGAACUUUAACUUCUUGAGUCACCCAGAUAACGCAUGACUUCACUCGCCAAAUAUUAGCUCAUAUAUCUUCAGGUCCCUCUCGAAGCCUUGGAGCAGGCUCUUGGAGAUGCUGACUUGGAUGCCAAUUUGUACGCCCAGCAGGGUAAUGUUAAAGCAGACCUUGCAUCAGUUAUGAACUCGCAUUUGACCGCUGUGCGUCGGGCUGUGUUCGAACACGCCAUUCGACCUCUACUGAUCCGCUGGACGAACAUGAUGGUGGAAGGAAACGACAUAGUACGCGGCUUUAUGUUGGACAACUUCUGGUUGGUGAACAGUGUCUUUGUGUACGCGCCGGCGAAGCAGUUUAUUGCAGAGCUACGAGGUAUGCUGGUCCAGAAGCAGAUCGUGCCAAUGCGGCUCUGUCUAGAAGCACAUCGCACCAAGAUGGACGAUGAUGAAGACAAUGACGACAAGGCUCAAGUGGAGCAGGAGGAAACCGAUCUAGAUAGUAGCGAUGACGAUGAAAACAACAAUUUGUCCGACAUCCCCGAAGAAGAUGAUGUUGACGUUUUUGGUGUUAGCACCAAGUCUCAGAACAAGAAGACGAAGAAGCACAAGAAACAUGAAACAUCUGACAAUGCUCUUCUGGCCGAAUCGGCAGCAAAGCACAUCAAGAUGGGUAAUGUCGUUGGUGGUAGAGUAGUCAACAAGAACUUGAUGCCCAUGCCUUUUGUCUGGAAGAAGUUCGGCUCCACGAAGAUGAGUGAGCUAGAGGACGACAUGGAUGUGGAUGGACGAGCAGCGCAAAUCCUAGACAACAUGACGAAUCGAAACUGGAUUGAUGAUCUAGAUGAAGACGAACUGGGGCACAGCCUGGACUUUUUGGGCGCUGAAGAUGAUGAUGAAGUCACUUCCGACGUGGGAAGUGUCUAAGAGUUUCUAGGAGUAGAAAAAGAGAGUUUUGAAAUAGAAAAUGAAAAUGUGAAGAAAAUUAUAGUAGUAAAUGAGGAGUAUGUAGUUGACGCUCAAGUGGAGAAGAUACAUACAUAGUAAUAAUAGUGCCUUCUCUCUUAAACCUGGUAGCACUGUAACAACUGUCAUGAAAAAGUAAGAAACAGACGUGAUGCAUUUUCCAAUCGUGUCAUCAAACGGAUGUGGUAAUAUCAGUACAGACAUAAUCGGAAGCCAAGAAAAUAGCCGUUCUUUUCUCAAGCCAGAUCAGUGCUCUUCCUCAUGUGACUUCGCGGCGAUUCUCUACAAAGUUCUGCAUGGUGAUUAUACUAAGGGUUUACGCCUUUUUUAUUUUGUUAUAAAUGACAAAGGCCAUCUCCCUGAUUGACUGGCGGCUGCCACCGACACUGGGCAAGCGGUGCGAGUCACUGCCUCCACACAGCUACGAAUCUGAUCCACGUAGCACUGCGCAGUCCCACAAUAUGAGGGAAGGUAGCUUACUUAGCCGGUUGCAUUCUAAAACCAUACUUGAAAAAAAUACCAUCAUCGUUCCGAUACUGAUGCUCCAACUACUAGAUGCCUACCCCCUAGAAGUAUUGUGUAACUAGAAUAUAUUUCGACAAACCGAAUAUUUAUAGAUCGUGCGCGCCCCCACCAGGUACGAGUGGGAAGGUAAAGGCUCACUGUGACUCUCCUCGGAGUACUAUCUUUAUCGUCCUUGUGUAUAUCAUCAAUACCAUGAUCGUGUCUGGGUAUAUCAUUAUCAUCUUGCCUGGUCAGAUAAAUUUGUGAAUUCAUUGAUUGAGUUGCUUUUCUUUGUGGGUCUCGCUCUCGGUAUGAGUGUAGGGGUUAUUGCCUUUUUCGUCUGGCUCUUGCACCACGUGGCUAUAGCUCUCGUAGAUAAGAAUAUGUAUCGCCAACAAGAAGAUAAUGCAUACUCAAAAGUUACCCAGCCCAUCAAUUACUCGCUGUAUAAUUCACGCAAACGAACAAUCCCUGAUGAAAAUACAGCCGUUGGCUUUUGUACUUGAGCGCUGCAUCUGUUAAACAAAGAGAAGCUGAACAAAUUCCCUCCAGACUCCGAGUACCACGACAUAUGCUCAGCAGAGAGACCGACUUGGUGACAAAUCUUCACUGAUUUUCUUGCUUAUUUCAUGCUUUUUGUUAGAUAGUGAUGACGAACUGGACGAAAGACAACGCAGCCUCAGGGUUUUCUAGGGUAGGCACUACUUUAUUUACAAUUGUGCAGUACAUGUAUAAUUAUAUUGAUCUCGUGAUGGGGUGCCUGAUAUUCCAGCACAUUUUCUAUCUUCAGCCUGCCAUUCGGAGACUCCAGGUCUGUGCUGAAACUGCUUAUGUUUUUUGGUAGGCAGAUGACGACAUUGGGACUAGGGCAAAGAUGUUACGAGUUCCAUAAUGAAUAUCACAGACAAGAAAGAAGCUCCCCUCUCUCAUAAGUAAGUUCCAAAAAAGUAGGAGGCAAACGAAUGCCAGAGGAAGUAGUAUUGUUCUUAACAACGAGGUCCUUUCUAUGGUGUCUACUGCUACAAUAUUUUUAACAAAAAAUUGCUGCUCGCACCAAGUUCAUUCUUGUCGUUGCCAAUAACAAUACUCAGUGGAUGAAAAUCAGUGAGAAUAUAACGUGGCCGGCGCAUUGAUUUCAAUACGUAGCAUCGAUAUAAGGACUAUGAAUCUCAAGUAUAUAAUUAGCCUGCUGUUGAUGAUGGAUUGCUCUGACGAGUUUCUUCUGAGCGAGGAAUGCUGGCAAUGACUUGUUGGAUAAAGAUGCGUCGAGAGACC